GCACCCCUCCCUUCCCUUUCACCUCUUGCGGUGGAGCAGACGGAGCUGCUGCACAGACUCUGCAUCACAAAUCAAACAGAUCUUAGUGAGAGGAGGCUGAGCGAGCCACAGCAUCAUUUAAAAGAAGAUCUGACGGGUGUUUCGCCGAGCGCAGCGUACUGUCAUCUCUCAUUUCAGCUCCUAUCGCUCACGUCGGGGGAUCCGUACCUCCCACUUCUCCUGCAGAGACACGAUGAACCUCACCCUGCAGCUUCCCGUGCUGGACUAGGACCAGAACAAGCCCUGCCUUCAGAUUUCCUCAACAGUUAGCUUCGGCAGUCCGAUGACCACCAGCCCCAGCGCCACCCAUCAGCCCGGUAAUAUGGAGGAACCCCAGCAGCCAGACCAGCCAAUCACCACGCAGCAGGAUGGAGAAGCUGCCCAAACUGCUGUGACUUCUCAACCAACCAGCUCUGACCAACAGGCCCCACCCUCAACGACAGAUGGUCCCGAGGCCCAGCAGACAGAGGACGGGAAGGGAAUGGACCACCUGACAGUAAUCAGCGAAAACACAGAGACCAGUAAUGGCGUCGCGCCUGUCAUGGCUGACUCGUCACCCAUAGCGCCCUCUGUGUCGCCCAAGCUGCAUGCAAAGCCAGCUGGCCAUGCUAAUGGCCGGCCCCGCUUGGGCAGCCGGUCCGGCUCGCUAGCGAUGGGCUCCCCCAGGCCCUCGCUCACCCGCCAGCCCAGCGCCAUCACAGAGGCCGCUGUGGAUGGGUCCAAGCCGAGGGACUACCUGAUCCUCGCCAUCUUAUCCUGCUUCUGCCCAAUGUGGCCCAUCAACAUCGUGGCCCUCACCUUCUCUGUGAUGUCCCGAAACAGUCUGCAGCAAGGCAACGUUGACGGUGCUCGCCGUUUGGGCCGUAACGCCAUGGUGCUGGCUGUUGUCUCCAUUUUAGGAGGGAUCGCCAUCAUCACAGCGGCCAUCGUCCUGAACUGGGGAUUGAUAUUAAAAUCUUGAUUCAAACCAACCGGCACGGCGAGACUGACUUCAUGACAACAUCGAACCCGACACGACACCAUUUCCUCCCGUUCCUGAAGCACUAUCGUUGUCGAGCGCCUGCACCAGAUGUAAAACGAAUAAAAACCCGUUUCUGUUCUUCGCUGUUGUUUCUUGCUGCACGACAAGCAUGGUCUGCCUGACGCUCUACCUCUGACACGACCGACAAACCCAAUCCUGACGCCUGACACCUGAUCUGGAGAAAAGGAUGGAUCACCAGAUGCUGAUUUCAUUCUGUGGUAGCAGCUUAUCUCCUCCUCAGACGCCACAAUUACAAGAAGAAAUGGACAUCCUGGGAAAGGGGAUUAUUCAGAUUCCUAAUGGUCCGUAAUGGUGCGAACUGGGGGACCUGGUUUGUUGCGUUUGAUGCCAAAAAUUUAGAAACGCAGCUGAACUGAAACGGGGAGAAGCUGCUGCAGUGACAGUUGAACUCAAACUGAGGAUGAACUCUAAAAGUCUUUGAACUGUGACGGCAGGAGAGAUCUUUGUUUCAGCACAGAGAUGGACUUCCUCUGUUUCACUGUCUUUGUGAAAAAACCGGAGGCAUGAUUCUGAUGUUUACUCUGCAUAUUCAUGAUAAAUGUCCCCCGGAGCUGCUAAACAUUCAUCAUGUUCCAUCCGAGGUUAUCAGAGACCGUGAACUGACCACAGACUGCAGGCUGUUAGCCGUGCUCGUCUCACUGUAAGCCAGUCCCUUAGUAAUUAAUGAAUUAUUCUCCCUGACCACAGUCUUUGGCUCUAAGUGGACGUAAAGUGAUGGAAAGUUUCACAUUAUUCCUGAUGUUCUCCAGGACUUCUAUUCAUUUGGGUGGUUGAGGUUACUUUUGGACUCCCCCUGAGUGCUCACAGAGAUGGAUCAAUUCUUCUUUUCUCUCCGGCCUUUCAGUGUCAGUCUUUUACUUUAGUCUCGCAUUCACAGCUGCUGCCCGCUUCCCUUUCUGUUAAGUGUUUUACUGCAGAUACAAGAAGAACUUCCUCAACAACUUCCUGUAUGAAGUUCUUUCUCAGUCUUCACUCAAUAGCCUAAAAUCAUAAUUCGGAAAUAUCUUUGUUUGCCAGUGUAACCCUCAUGUUGGUAACAACCUUGGAAGGAGUUUGUUCAUAGUUUUAGGAAGUGUUGGAUCAGGUACUCACCUCUUUGCUGUGACAGUGGAUGAACAUGGUUCUUAUAGCUACACAAGAACUGUGACAGCCGUGAUCUUUGAGUGGUGCGAGGUUAUAAGCUAGGCUUGUUUAGCAUAUGUCUGGAUUGCAGUGCUAACCUUAAACUUAGGUAGUUCGACCUGGUGGCUGUUAACCCUCUGAGUUUUUAAAUCUAACGCUAUCAGAAUAUGUAAUAUUCUUUUAAAUUAUUCUCUUUUAAACUAUUCUCCUGGCAGGAGACGAUAACAUUUUAAAACUAUUUACAUUUCUUCUCAAAAAGUCCUUUUGGCUUUUCUGAAAAACACAGAGUUAGGGUUAGUGAUGUGCGGUUUCCUUUCCGAUCCGAUACCGAGUAAUGUUCAGAGU